UGGAAAAAAAACUUCAAAACAAUUGACAAAACAAUUAAUUAAAUAUAUAAUUAAUAAUAUAAUUAACAACAUAUCCGACAAUGUCUUUGACACCAAAAGAUCUGACAUCACUGUUGAGUGUUUUGAGUGAAGACGUGACAAAUCACUCGACUUUCGAGACAAUCGGACAGACAUUUCAGUCAUUGCUGUCCAAAUGCGAUGUCUUCAGCAUUGGUCUGUCGAUCACAACAUUACUACAACACCACGACCUCAUCCCCGAAGACACACAGAAGUUGAGCGCUUUGUUCCUAUUGUACGAACUCUAUAGGGAUGAACACAUUCUUCACAACCCAUUUGUUCCCAUCUUUCUUAAGAUAUUAAAUCCGUCAAAAGAAGGCCCGAAACUGAGCGCCAAAUCCAAACACGAGAUGAACUCCUCGGCUGUCUGUUGGCCUAAAUUGUCGUUCAGAGAGAAGUAUUUCAUUUCCCAACUCAUUACUAAUCCCGCUCUUCGGCUAGAACUCAUAAAACAAACACCAAAACAGGUCUUAAACACAGAGAUCCCGAGCGAUAAGAGUUACGAUAUAUCGGCCCUCUCUAUGUCCUUAAGUGAACGCCAAUCGGAACUUCCCUUUACGAGCAAAGCGGGUGUUCCGACCAUUUUAGCGGAUCCCGACAAUAGACCUGGACUUGUAAUUGAAAAUGAGAGCGAAUCCAAAGAAAAUCUAUUGGAGACUAUGUUUUGUGGGCCGAACCCGAAGUGCGAACAAGUGUUUAAGCCAGAGAUGGUACGAAUCCCACCCCCACUACACAUCAGUCAGGAUGAGUUGGUUUGGCUCUUUCCGUCUGAAAUCAAUGAACUGAAGCUGUGUUGGGACGCAUCCAUGUGUAUCAGCAAUACGGUUGGCGUUGAGGCCAAACGACUGAUGAGCAAAGCGUUCAAAGGAUCGCUCACUAUUGCACAACAGCAGCAACUGCUGUCUGAGUUGGAGGCCGACCCGAAGCUGACCUAUCACUUGGGCCUAACGCCCGCCAAACUACCAGAACUGGUCGAAAACAAUCCGUUGAUUGCCAUCGAAGUGCUGCUUAUUUUGAUGCAAUCGAGUCAGAUCUCGGAAUAUCUAUCGGUUUUAGUGAAUAUGGAAAUGUCUGUCCACUCUAUGGAAGUGGUCAAUAGGUUGACCACUGCCGUAGACCUGCCCACAGAGUUCAUGCACUUAUAUAUCUCUAAUUGCAUACAAACGUGCGAAACGAUUAAAGACCGAUAUAUGCAGAACAGACUCGUGAGACUGGUCUGUGUUUUCCUUCAGUCUCUCAUCAGAAAUAAGAUAAUUAACGUUCAGGAUGUGUUUAUUGAAGUGCAAGCUUUUUGUAUUGAAUUUUCUCGCAUACGAGAAGCGGCCGCUCUUUUCAGACUACUUAAGCAGUUGGACAGCGGAGGCGAAGUGCCGAACGCCGGACCCAACUCCGAGUCUUCGUCACCAAAUCAAACACAAACCGAUGAAAACAGUCAGAAAUGAUUGAGAGUUUCUUUUAGAGUUAAUUUUGUAUGAAAUAAAAUAAAAAGUUUAUGGCUUUAA